UUCGCAUGCACAUUCAGCUCACAACUUUCUUUGACCGUUCCAAUGAUAUGAGAUAUCCACUUUUCUUCCACCACCAUCAUCGUUGGUGCUGCUACCGCUCUAGCCGUCGAUGUCUACACAACCAGUGCGCCCUAUGAGACCUACUGGCCUACUCCUGAGUACUUGUCUGCCCCAUACUCCAAGGCUUACGGCGAAAACACGAAAAACCAAGUACAUCACCAAGUGGGACGGCGGCAGGCGCCUCACCGACUACGACCAUGUCAGCUAUGCUUCUGCGAGUACCGACGGAGUCAACGAUGCCUACACUGAUUCUAGCGGCACCUACAUUGCUUCUAGCGGGAGCAGCAGCGUCUACAAUGCGUGCCAUGCUUGCUGAACCCCUUCCUUUAACGGACUACCCUCUCGGUGUUCCUCCCAUUUUGUAAAACAAGCCGACUCUUGUCAACCACAUUUU